UAGCGCAUUUAAAAGCUGCCGGAGCUUGAAACUUGUCGCUACAAGCAGUGCAUAGUGAAAGUGAACGAAAAAUGUGAAAUACUAUUUUUUUCUCUUUUGAAUUCAAUCCAAAAUCAUGGACGCGGAUAAUUACACACAAAACGUCCAAAACGAUGUUCCGCCCGAAGUUUGGGAAAUCAUUCACGAAUUUUUGCUGGGCCAAGCCAAUCCGAAAUUAGACUUGCGGAAACCACAUCUAAGACCUUCUGUAACUAGUAGUUACCCCUUCAUAUUAUUCAUGUACUCCCUUUUGAUUGUCACGGGAGUGGCGCUCAAUUUGUCGGUUUUCAUCCACAUCGUUAAAAAUAAACUUUACAACGAUGUCACUUGUAGUUUCGUCCUCAACAAUGUCAUUAGUGAUAUUGUCAAAUGUGUGGUAGUUUUGCCGAUAACUCUCUACGUUCUAUUGAUAAAUAACUGGAUUUUGGGCGAACUGCUCUGCUCGUUUUUACCCAUGCUACAGGACAUUCCAAUGCAUACAACGACUUUAACAUUCCUGUUGAUGGCAUGGGACAGACUUCGUUUUAUUAGACACCCAACAAAAGCACGUUUUCCAGCUUUUGUCUGUAUUAUUGGAACAUGGCUAGCGUCUGUGUGCUUAGUACUACCCUAUCCCAUUUACAUUAUUUAUAUCGAUUUAGGGAAAUACGUUCCAUCACUGGAUGGGGUGGGAAUCUGUCUCGUUAACUUAGCCGAUGAUAUGCAAGAAUAUAUGCGAGGAAUUUUCCUGAUAAUGUAUGCCGCUCCUCUCGCCACUAUUUCUUACUUAUACGUAAGAGUUUCACGCGAAAUGCAGACUCACCAGAGUUCCAUGACAGUGAUAAAAUUUGAAACUCGGAGGGAAGGACGUUCCAGGACUGAUUCGCACUCGACGACAACGGAUUUCCGGAGCAGUCGAGGCGAUUAUGACCGCUCGAGUCAAUACAGCCGUAGUAGUUAUCGCGAUAAUGAAAACGGCCGCACAAGAUACGAAAACGAAGAGCCUGACUUGGAUGUGGCAAAGGAGAAACGCACUCAGAAGUAUUUAGUGCCCAUGGUAACCCUUUACGCCAUUUACUUAUGUCCGCUGAUGAUUCUUCGUCUGGCUCGAUUAGUCCUUCCAGAGACCUACGAAAAUAAUAAAAACUUUGACAUUUCAUACACAAUGUUCGUGUGGGUGGCAUUUGCACCCACUUGUUCCACUCCUGUCCUUUACAUUGUUUGGCAGAUGAACAGAUCUUCAAAGGAACGUUUGUUAGGAUACUUCCGAUUCAGUAAUCGGAAGUUGAGACAGUCGUGUGAAACGGUAAUAACAGCUGCUGGGACGCCAGCGGUGCCAAGAGCGAAAUGUGGCCAGAGUGAUUCGAUCGUUCAGCAGGUGGAUGAUGGACAUUCGGACAACAACAGUUUUCAACACGAUUUUCCUUCGUCCUGAUGAUAUAAAGGAAGGCAUUACUCAAUGGGAAGUUCCUGUCUUUUCCGAGUGGAGCAAUUGAUUUGAAUCAACUCCAUUGAUUUUAGAAAUGACGGCACGUUUUUGUGGAAAGUCCUACGUUGUACUUCGAUGUAAAAUGUCAGCGUGAUCAGUAUCUAAUAAUGUGAAUUAUCCAGCGAAUGUGGAUAAUAAAUUCGUAAACAAUUUUCCAACAUGUAUCCAAUUUUACCUAUUGUACAUGACAAUAUACAGUUGGAAAAAUUAAUUGUGAAGAGCAUCACUUCAAAAUGUUUGUAAUUUAAAAAUAAAACAUAAAACGUAUUGCAAUAUUUUUUCUUGGAAAGUUACUUGAUGCAAUUUAAGGUCAGAUUUUAUAAAGCAGGUUAAUGCCACGUUUAAGUAUUUUAGGGCCACCUGGAGAUUUAUUAUUUUUUUAAUGUGUCCUUUGGCAAAAGCUUUCCGGUUGAAUAUGAGAAGGGUCGAGGGUUGUUGGUGGUUUCUAUUUUUCAUUUCUAAUGUACCGGAAUUUAAACCUUUAAAACAUAAAUUUAUUAGAGCUCUAGCUAUGUUUCUAACAGUUUUACAGAAAACCUACUUCUACAGACUCUAAUUUAAUGUAGAUCUGGAUUGAAAAAUAGGAUGCAAAAUAGCAAAACUUUUACAUAACUGACAAGCAACGUUUUAUAGCAGUGAAAGAACCAAAUUACUAGGAUUACUAGUUAGGUAGAAUACGAGUUCCAAUAAUUUCUUGAUUCUAUAAAAUUAUUUAAAUUUCAAGCUAUUUUGAAUUGAUGCUUUAAUUAAUAAUUAGAUUACACUCAAAUGGCGUUUCGAGUUUAAUUUGACAAAUUCUUUUACAUAAUUAAUUAAUUUUGUUUGUUAUACAGUAACAAUAACAAUAUAUUUGUGAGUAACAAAUAAUGAUUGAUAAUAUUUUUCUACAAAUUGUCUGAUGCUAACAUGUCAAAUAUUUUUCGGUUGUUAAAAUAUUGCAUUUAUCAUAUACCUACCUAUUUAUUCAAAUAGAUACGUAGAGGUGUUUCCUGGUUGACUUCAUAUGUGUAAAAUAAAAAAAUAUUAAAUUAAAUGAAUAGAGAAUACAAAUGUUAUAAAACUUUAAGAUUUUGUAGUUGUUUAAUAAGAGCAUGUCAGUUUUUUGUUGUGAAAAGCGGAGUUUCAAUAAAAAUCUACCCGGAGUAGCUUUACAAUUAUACAGGCUGUGCCAGAACUCGCACCCCAGACAAAAAUGCUAUGUAGGAUAGGAUA